AUGCGACUGAACUCGUCAGCUGCAGCUGCAGCUAAGCCUGCAUUCUCAGCAGUGCAACCAAUCACCAACUUUAAAGAAACGAUAGCCAACAGACCAGACUUUGAUCACUCCAACAAACCUAUCGAGAUAACAAAGUCCCCAGACCCAUCCUGGUCUUAUGGAGAUGGUGUCCGCACUGGUCAAUCCCCCACUGACAAGAUCCACCGAGAGAUCGACCCAUACUCGCCUGACAGAUCCGUCGGGCAGAACUACCGACUUUUGAUUUCUGGCAUUGCCCCUCGACCUGUUGGGUUCAUCAGCACUGUUUCCAGCGAUGGCCAAGUCAAGAAUUUGGCGCCUUUCAGCUAUUUCCAGGUCGUUGAUCAUGACCCGCCCAUGUUCAUUGUUAGCUUCUCAUCUCGCUUUGGGUCGGCUAAAGAUACUUAUCAGAAUUUAAAAGAUACUGGGGAGUGUGUUAUCAAUACUGUUUCGGAGAAUAUGAUAGAGGCAGUCAAUGCUUCGUCAAUUGAUGCACCAUAUGGAGUGUCGGAAUGGGAAAUUACAGGCUUGACCGAAGCACCAACCACGACUGUCAAACCAUCCCGUGUUAAAGAAUCGGUACUUUCUAUUGAAGGACAGGUCGUGGAUAUCAAAGAAUUCGAGAGCCAUAAGCCUGGAAUGAGCAAUUAUGGAAUGGUUCUCAUCAAGGCGACGCGGUUCUGGGUACAAGAAGAUGCUGCUAAUGAGGAUUUUAGUCACAUUGACCUCGACAAGCUACGGCCCAUCGGUCAACUGGGUGGCAUGUCGUACGGGCGGAUAUCUUCGACUUUCGAGCUUCCGAGAACAAGAUGGGCGGAUGAGCAACCUAAAAGUGAACUGUUGACCAAGCUGGAGAAAGAAAAGGCGUCAUAG